UAAGUCUUUAUUUGUUAUAAUGCAAAAAAAUUCAGACCCAAAAAAAUUUUGGCAAAAUAAAUAAAAUAAUUAUCUAAAAACUAGAGGAUUUGAAAAUACUAAUGUUUAUAAAUUUUAACCAUAAUAAAAAAAUAAUUCCCCUUCAAAACUAAGACAUUAUAUUAAAUCUUAAUAAGAAUUACAUAAAAAAAAUUUCAUAUCUUCACCUUUAAGAUAAAAACUUAGUAAAUAUAGUAUAAAUAAUAUUAUCUAAGAAGAAAGUAUAUUUGCUGAUACACAUCCUGGAAAAGUUAGUUUACCACCAAUAUAUCCAAAAAAAUAUAAUAAUGUUUUUUUUUACAAGAAUAAAUGAUUUUUUGUUGAAUUAAAAUUAAUUUUUUUAAAAAAUUAGUUGUUCUAUUAUAU